UGUUUUGUGAUAACAUCAAAACCCUCAUUUAACUCAAUUAAAUUAAGGUUCGGAUAAUAAUUAAAGUAAUCGAAUUGAAAAAACUAGAUAACAAUCUUAAUAUUUUGUACUGGACUUUAAACUGUGUUAUUUGGCCUUGUUUUUAAUACGCUAAAAGAAACGAAUUAAAAGUGCGUAGACGAAUUUCAAAAUGAGUGUACACUGUCAAAUCAAGUUAUACAAAACCGAUGAUGACGUCGUUCGACCCGGAAGCAUGGUCUCUGGAAUAUUGAAAUAUAAUAUAGAAGAAGAAACGUUUGACAAACUUCUAAAGUUCCAAUCUGGAAAGAGAUUCAAGAAGGAUAUCACUGUUGGACUGCAUGUACGACCAAGGUUGGAUAGACAACCAGCAACAUCCGUAAAGUGCAAAAGUCUGUUUCAAGAAAUAUCGGGUAACCAAGGCUCUGUAUACGUAACAGCGUUGAUAGAAAGUUCUGUUUUGGCCCCUGGAGAGAAAAUAAAAAUUACUUACACUGUUCUUAACGAAACCGAUUUGAUGCUUAAUGGAGCAGUGGCAAAAUUAAUAGAAGUGCUCACUUUCAGGCCUUAUAGACCUUUGUUGAAAACGAAGUGUUACAAAAACGUGAACGUAAUACCUAGAACAUCCAUCAUUUAUCCUAGAGAAACGUUCACCAGGCUUGUGGAAAUUAUUAUUCCAGAAGACUGUUCAGGUACUUUGGAGUAUUCCAGUCUGGUUGUAAAGCAUUAUUGGGUGCAUAUUGUAGUCGAGACGCCGUUUCCUCAGUCUGACAUUAUUGUUAAAGUUCCUAUUCGGAUUGUGAAUUUUGAGACCAGUUCAUCUUCUACCUCAAGCAGCUCUACUAGUACACCCAGGUACGACAGAGAUGCACCUCCGUCCUAUUGGGAAACCAUGGGAGAUGAUGCUUUUGAUGGGGACAGUGACAAUAACAGCGGUUCGGACUCCAAUCAGUAACAC